GGGAAGUGCUUGUGCUUGACCCGGAAGAGAAAUGUAACUUGUCCUCAAAUGGCCGAAGUUGAGUGAGGAUUGAGUGCAUGGAUCUGCAACGAUUGAUGAUAUAAACAUUCCCAUUCCAGCGUUAUCUACGUGUAUAUACAGCUCCCUCUAGGCUCGGCACAGGCUGUGAUGGGAAACCUUUUACGUAUUCUUCUCAACAAUGAACCUCCUGCCAAAGCACAGGACAUCUUCGUGGACUUUGAGAAUACGGAGCCCACAGCCCAAGAGCGACCAGUGUACAACAUGGUCGAUGCCGUCCUCAAAGUAUCCCAUGAGAUCACCAAGGAAUUACGGAAAUACACAGGAGCCACAGAAGAAAUAAGACUGGCCAUAUCUAACCCCACAGUCGUCGAGCACCAAGAGAAGGCCUUGGAAGCUGUCUUCCCUCUAGUUCUCAAACUGAAAGCUUUCUACGAAUUCUCCCUAAAACUGGAAAACGUUGUACCAGAUCUGCUACGAGAGUUGUGCUCAGACAACAUGACGCCUCGGGAACAUCUAGAGUGCCAGCAAUCUUUGUUCAAGCAGUUUGCAGAGAUACUGGACUUCGUCCUCACUUUCGAUGACCUGAAGAUGACCAAUCCAGCCAUUCAGAACGACUUCAGCUAUUACAGAAGAACGUUGUCACGGAAACGACUUGCAAAUGAGGAUGACAUCACGGAAGAAACAGUUUCGAAUGAGAUGGCCAACAGGAUGUCUCUGUUUUAUGCUCAUGCCACGCCCAUGCUGAAAACCCUCAGCGAUGCCACAGCCAAGUUUGUGUCCCAGCACAAAGAUCUGCCAGUGGAACAGACCACGGAUGUCCUCAGUACUAUGGCCAAUAUAUGUCGGGUCAUGAUUGACAAUCCGCAGUACAGUUCCAGAUUUACCAGUGAGGAGACAAAGUUGUUCUGUUUACGAGUUAUGGUCGGCGUAAUCAUUCUCUAUGACCACGUGCAUCCAGUCGGGGCCUUCGCAAAGACUUCAGGGAUAGAUAUGAAGAGUUCUAUUAAGGUUUUGAAAGAUCAGGGACCAAGGAAAGUAGAGGGUUUGCUGAAUGCCUUGAGAUACACAACCAAACACUUACAAGAUGAAACCACACCAAAAGCAAUCAAAGCCUUACUGGCAGAGUGACCUUGACCCAGGGUGACCUUCAGCACUGUGCCUGACCAAGCUGUUUUUAAUAUGUACAGAUCAUACCGUGCUGGCCAAUAAUGGACCAAUCAUUGCCUUGAUUACAGCAUCACCUGAGGCAGCUCAACCAAUCGGCUUUGAGUUAGCUUGUAGUGUGGUAGCUCUGUGUAUUAUUUACCAUCCUCAUCACCAUCAUCACUUCCUGGUCCUUCUUUAUCUCACAGUGCAACAAACGACAGCUCAGCUGGAUGGAAACAUUAUUGUGUUUGUAGGAGCAUUAUUAAUAUUGAUAUUCCACAACAAUUCACCUGAGACUCUUAAUAUCAGUGAAUAUCAAAACCUACCUUUCAAAAAAAGGUAAAAAAAUAUUUUGGAAGCAAUAGUGACACAAGUUUUUGGAGGAGGAGGACAUAUAAGUCAGACACAUGAUGAAUACAAGUAAUGGUAGGAUAAACAAAGGAGGUAUAUUUCAACUGCGGUGAACGUUUGUAAACAUGGUUCUGUUGCCUUGGUAUGUGUCCAAGAUAUGGCUGUGUAGUCCAAGACAUGGCUAUGUUGUCCAAGACAUGGCUAUGUUGUCCAAGACAUGGCUACCAAGACAUGGCUAUGUUGUCCAAGACAUGGCUAUGUUGUCCAAAAUUGGCUCUAUUGUCCAAGACAAGGCAAUAUUGCCCAACAUUGGUUAUAUUGUCCAAGACAAGGCUAUAUUGUCCAACAAAUGGCUAUAUUGUCCAACUUACGGCUCUAUUGUUGAGUGAUGAUAGUUUUGACCAUCUGUAGUGGACGUGAGGUUGCUGUGUUGUUCUCGUGGUCAGGUCAGUGUUGGUGCAGGCCAUGUUGCUGUAAUAUUGUUGUCAACAACAGUUUAAACAAUAACAGAUGAUGUUUUGAGAAUGAAACCUGCGAGUCCAAUCUGGUCAGCCCCAAUUCACAUUGGAUAAGCUGAAUAAUUCCCAUAGGGGAAGUACGGAACGUAUACAGACACAUACUGAUUAGUCCAACAAUGCUGACCAUUUCAGUAGAUGGAAAACACCACAGACAACACUGUGAUCUGCCAGGUAUAACUGUCAUCAAACCCAGAGUCUCUUUGUAGUCAUUGAGCCUGUUAUAGUCUCCUGGAAACAGAUGGCCAACUUGUUGUGUCCCGUGAGUGAUGUGAGAAUAUUCCUCUGUAUGCAGGGGGUACGGGUGGCCCUGUUGUUCUAGGUGCCACAAUUUGCUUUGGCAAUUGAAUUUCCCUUGGGCGUGCUAGAAACCUAUGAUUGUGGGUUUGAAUUCUGAUUCACCCCUGUUAUGUUUCUAGGUUUGUCAGCACCAUACCCAAGGAUUUCACCGAAGUGGUAAACAUCUGAGACGUGCAUCACUUCGGGCUUUCCUCCAACAUUAAGCUGACACGCUGUGAUAUAACUGGAAUACUGUUAAAAGCGGCGUUAAACCCAACUCACUCACUCAUUCCUGUUAGCUCCCCCGACCGUCUGUUUGUUGUUGACGAUAUGUGAACAGCCACGCCAGUGCUAGGCAUCAUGUUCCGGUCAGUAUGCUGUGUAUUCCAUGGCUUGACAUGGUAGAAUCAGGUAACAAUAUUAAUUGUUUUUCUUGGACACUAGCUUUAAAUGUUCUUGAUUUUAUGUAUUGAAAAUGUAAAAUGUGAGUCUUAGACUAUGCAACUCCAAGUCAGCUGUGGCAGUGCCAAACUUGGCUUCCAAACCUGGCAUUGUUGUGGCAGUGCAAAGUCCGGCUCCCAAGUCAGCUGUUGUCGGCCAAACGUGGCUCCCAAGUCAGCUGUUGUCGUGCCAAACGUGGCUACCAAGUCAGCUGUCAUACUGGCUCCCAAGGCCAUGUCACUCUCCAAUAAUGAUAGAUAGAAGAUCUUCAGUGUUGUAAAUGGUUCAUGAACAAUAUUCUUAGGAUUAUGUUUUAGCAUAAUUUGUAUUAAUGAGAUUAAAAUAGUUUAUCCUCAUAAAGUAUGUUAAUCUAUGGUAAUAUAUGUUUAAACAAUACAUUCCGUUAUGCACAUUUAGGACUGCAUAAUUCUAGCCAAUCAGGGUAUGAGAGUAUUUACACUAUUGCACUGUGAGGUGAUACCGCUCGUUUCCUCCCCUUGAUGAAGCAGUGCUUGGAGAUGGCGUCCUUCACCAAACAUGAUGGAAAUAUUAUCAACACAAUCUUUCUUUAAGUAGAAAAUAUUGGAAAUUGGGUAGUGUAGAAGGUUAAAAUCUUUAUAUUAUUUCCACGAGAAGACAACGCCCAUGUGCUGCUUCAUGAAGGCGAGUCAUGGCUUUGCUAUGAAUUCUGUAAUAACUUGUACAUUUAUGUUAUAUAUAUAUAUGUAUGUUGCGUGUGAUUACUUCUUGUUACAAACUGGGAGCUUUGUGUAGAUAGCCCCCAUCCCACCCUUCCUCCAUGUUGGUUACUGUGUUGGUUGUAGCGCUAUAUGGUUGUCAGUGUGACAGCGUCUCAUCGCAAACACGCCAGGCACUAUCAAUGUUGGUACAUUCUCACUUGUCAUAUUUUACAGUCUGGGAUUAAUUUUUAGAUAAAUUCAAAACUGUUCUCAUGAUGACCACACCAUGACUGAUGAUGUGGCUCUCUCUCCACCCUUCCCUACCCCAAUGGUCUCCCCUUGAUGUCCACCUUUCACCCAGCACACAAACUACUGCCUGUGUCGCAUCAUUAGGUAGUGAUCACACAUGACCUCAUGGCUGUUGCUGGGAAGUGGCUGAUGCUGUUCCUGGUUGGGGGCAGUCGGGUAGCCUUGUGGUUAAAGCGUUUGCUUGUCACGCCGAAAGACCCGGGUUCGAAUCCCGACAUGGGUACUAUGUGUGAAGCCCAUUUCUGGUGUCCCCUGCCGUGAUAUUGCUGGAAUAUUGCUAAAAGCGGCGUAAAACCAUACUCACUCAAUCACUGUUCCUGGUUGACAGUCGAUGAGACACUAGGGGUCAGUGGUACACGAGGUCAGUGAGACACUAGGGGUCAGUGGGACACGAGGUCAGUGAGACACUAGGGGUCAGUGGUACACGAGGUCAGUGAGACACUAGGGGUCAGUGGGACACGAGGUCAGUGAGACACUAGGGGUCAGUGAGACACUAGGGGUCAGUGGGACACGAGGUCAGUGAGACACUAGGGGUCAGUGAGACACUAGGGGUCAGUGAGACACUAGGGGUCAGUGAGACACUAGGGGUCAGUGGGACACGAGGUCAGUGAGACAGUAGGGUUCAUUGGGACACUAGGGUUCAUUGGGACACUAGGGGUCAGUGAGAUUUCAGUGGAUGACCCUGUGAUGCUGUACACAGUUUUGUCCCUUGGCUGCCUGGAUCAGCUGACUGAGUUUGAAUCCCAUAUUUCCCUCAGUAAUGAUCUACUCCUGUCAGCAGGGGGGGUGUGGAAGUCAGAACUUGCAUACCUCUGCAACCCCUACCUACACUAAGAUUGCACUAUAUUUUAUGACUGCACAAUGUUUCAAAGUAGUUUAAACACAACUUACUCAUGCAAGACAAUACCGUGGUCACAAUGUCAGGGUUUGAAGAAUUCCGCUGCAUUUGAUUGAUGUACCAUCAGUGAUAGUAGACUGUUGAAAUAAAGGACAGUACGCUAGCCCAGUGGUUGGUGUGUUUGCUUGUCAUGCUGUAAAUGUGAGUUUGAAUCCCAUAGAGGUUUAGUUGGUCUGUUGUGUCGUGUCUCCUGGCUGCAGACCCCCUAGAUGGCCACAUCUGGACCACCCACUCACUCAUGAAUGCACUGUAGUCACUCAUUUCUCAGUUAGUUUCUGAUGUAUUUUCUCAAACUUGGUCCUCGAAAUCACACAAAUAUAAAUUGUUAUAGUAUUAUGACUUUCCACUCUGCAUGCUUCAUCCAAAGCAAUGGGUCUCAUUCUUAAAACCACGCUAACGAGAGCCAUUUGUACCUUCAUUGGAGAAACUACAUUUCAGGGCAUAUUUUCUAUUUUCCACAUGAAAUAUAGAAAUGCUUAUAUUUAAACCUAUUUUGAGAGAUUGUAUAUUUUCCAUUUCUGAUGAUCACACUUUUUUCUCAGGAUGUGUUGUCAUGAAUCAUAAUUUGUUGUUGAUGUUUAGACGUUUACUCCAAACACUCACUUUUCAUCUUCGAAAGGUUGUGAUAAUUUCGUUGUUGCAAGAUAAUGCUUAGGCCCGCCUGGUCUGAUUUCAUAUCCUUAUACCACAGGAUAACUUAAAUUUGACAUGAACGAUGCAACCUUGUUAAAAGAAAUAAUGUAUACUUCAUAAGCAAAAUGGUGCAGUUUCCAUAAGAAUUCACCAACAUUAAAGGGCUUUUUAGGUAAGCAGACUUUGAUAAAGUAAACAGUUUCAAUUCAAAUGGUAAUAUUUGAUGGGACACAGGAUGCAGGUAUGCGAGGAGAGCCUCUCCAGGAGUGUGUUACUGUUGUUAUCACAUGCUGGCUGGAAAGUGAGUGUUUGCAUUGUGUAUUCCAUGCCUUGCGAGGAUUGGUUGGACACUGUAUGAUAUCCUUGUGUAUUCCAUGUCUUGCGGGGAUUGGUUGGGCACUGAUGACAUCCUUGUAUAAUCCAUGCCCAGCAGGGAUUGGUUGGACACUGAUGACAUCCUUGUGUGUACCAUGGCUAGAGGGUAUUGAUUGGACACUGAUGACAUCCUUGUGUAUUUCAUGACUUGUGGGAAUUGGUUGGACACUGAUGACAUCCUUGUGUGUUCCAUGCUUAGCAGGGAUUGGUUGGACACUAUAUGAUAUCCUUGUGUAUUUCCUGGCUAGUGGGGAUUGGUUGGACACUGUAUGAUACCCUUGUGUAUUUCCUGGCCAGCGGGGAUUGGUUGGACACUGUAUAAUACCCUUGUGUAUUUCCUGGCUAAUGGGGAUUGGUUGGACACUGUGUUGGAUGUCCCUGUUGUUGCACUUGAGUAUCAAGUAACUUUCAUCUGUUGUCCUGUCUGGUCCAGGGUGAGCAAUAGACAAUAUUUUAUUGGGGAAAAUUUGGUUGCUAUUGAAAUCAUUUAUUCCUUGAGAAUGUUUGAAAAUAACAGUAACUAUAUGUUUCGGCAGCUGUAGAUGGACACAAUGUUAUAAGCACUUUGUUGCUUAUUGUUGCAUAGUCACCAAAGAAAUAAUUUUCAUUUUGAAUACUUUUGUUUACGAAAAGAGGUCGGCUAUCCUGACAGACAUGUUAUGAUGUCUUGCAGCCUGACAGUUAUGUGGGAGUCUGGAGGUGUGAUAUAUUGUCUGAACAUCACCGGUUACAUCCCAUGUAAGGCAGACAGAACAUAUCAGGGUAUAAAAUCAGUUUGAAAUUAAAUUGAAAGUUUGAUUGAAAAGUUGUGAUUUAGUCAACUUUCAUUUUGUUUUAAAGGGUAAUUCAUUAUGCAUUUGAUUAAAAAUACAUCUUACAUUUUCACAAUGUUUCUGACUGAGAAAUGCAAUUCCAAAAUUCCUACGUUAAUCCUUUGAUUAAUUCCUGUUGUCUUUGUUAUCCUGUUUAAUGCAGAAUGCUGUACAGAGUUUGAUGUUUCCCGAGUUUAUUGUUGGACUGUUUCUACCGAGAGGGACUGACUUAUAAGGCUUGUUGAUUGUUGGUGUUAAAAAUAUGUGAAAUAUGUCGUACUUCUGCAUGCACAUAUUUAUAUAAAUAAUAGGUUCAUAAUCAAGAAAGAUAUAUUUUGAAGAGAUAUACUUAGUAAAUGAUAUUUCAUUACCAAAAUCAAUAUUCUAUGUUGUUUGAAGGGUGUAGUAUUUUAUGUUAAAUAUUUGUCAUCUUCAAGGAAGAAUGAUAGUAGCAUGGCCUGUGACUUUUCGAAACAAAUUCUUCACCGUUUAAGAGUCCCAGUCAUUUCCUUCCUGUUGUCAUGGUAACUUUGUGUAUAACAUGAACCCACUAAGUAUGUCAAGUCCUGGGGGGUCAAGUUCGUGGAGUAAGGGGUAGCCAAGCGGAUGAAGUGUUGGUUUCAGCCAGGUCCGGUUCCAUUCCCAUCAUUGUGCAAUGUUUAAUGCUAGGUGUUUCGUGCAGUGACUGUCUUCAAAUAAUCCUAAUAGUAAUCAAACUUCAAUCACUCACUCACUCACUCACAGUAUAUCAGUAUAUCUGAACAUUUGCCAUGGAACCCGAAUGAUUUGACCAUUGGCUCAUGACACUGAAGGUGUGGGUCCGAUUCCCCACCAGCACCAUGUGCGAGCGCCUGGCCGUGAUAAGCCUGGAACAUUGCUGAAAAGGGAAUAAAACCAUACUCACUCACUCACUCACUCACUCACUCCUAAUAGUUUGGAACUAAAUGAUUCACAAGACCCUUGCUGGACAGCAUGUAAAUAAGGAGACAGCCUUUUGGGGAUGGUGUCAUUCACUGGACGUGGUCUUUCAUGUUUGUGUUUUGGGAGGUCCAGUGGAGCAGGUACUUGGCGUGUAUAAACAGACAGUGGUACGGACUGGUACAACCAAUGGCUAGGAUUAUUGUCAUGGUGAUGUAGAAGAAGUCUAAUGUUGAGGGAUACAGGUGGCCCUGAUGCCAGUUUAGGUGUGCCCUGUUUACACAGAUCUAUCGGAAAAUCAAGCAAUAACGAGAGAAACAGUACUUGUACAUGUCUGUUGGUCUUUAGUAGAUUUCUUAUGAAGAAAGAAGAAUAGGGAAUCUUCCAGGACAGUGUGUCCAAAAGAGUACUGUCUUUGAAGUUGUUAUGUAUAGUUGUACAGCUAAUAUCAUCACGUGCUGAUCACGUGCUGAUCACGUGCUGGCUACUGCAGGGCGGGAUGCUGAUGUUAUCAAUCCUCAGAAAAGUCCAUGCUUAUAAUGAAAGGUUCCAACACAGACAUUAAUUAAUCAUUCGGUCUUACCGACAACCAGUCAGCAACGUGUAUCACACAAAUAAUACAUGUUUGGGUCCCGACUGGAUCAAGCAAAAAUAAGAACGGUAAACAGCAAUAACAAGUGAGGUGUGGGCUUAUGUGUGGAUUUACAGUAAUAUGAAAAACCUUUUGUAACUGUCAAAUUGAGUGGAGAGCAUUUGUUACACUGUUGUUUGUCAUGGUGAGAUGUAAAUGGUACUUGGGUGAGGUUAGCGAAGCUAUUUAUGACAAAGUUAUCGUGCUUCUAGUGCUUUCGGUGAAGUUUUCAUCGCAGUUUGCUAUGCAGUUGUUGAACAUUGGUUAUUAUGAGAUGACUUUAAACAUGUAGACUAGCCCUUGUUGUUUCACUGUAGAACAGUAUUUGUGAUUGGAUUCAAUUUGACAAUUAGAUAUAUAAUUUCAACCUGUGAACUUAAAGAGAGCUUGUGUAUUAAUAUAAUCAGUUAGUAUCCAUACUCCAACCACAGCAGUAUUUAAGGACAGUUCACCAUUUCCAUAUAACAUAUGGCUCCCAGCAGUAAUUUGGCUUCUUGAUGAAGCAGUGUUAUGCAAGGAUAGUUUUGAAGUGGUUUGAUUUUAAUCAAAAUAACCAGCUCAUACUUUUCUAUUUGAUUUGAGAAUGAAUUUGUAUGUGUGAUGAGUUUGAGGGAUGAAAUAUCACUACUUAAAUGAAUUCAUCGAACCGGGCUUCCCUGAGUGUGUCCUUCUUAAGAUGGAAGCAACAUCGGGCAUGUGGAAACUCACAGGAAAUCUGACUUCCAGAUAAAUUUGUACAGCUUUGAUAACGCCAACUGAUUAUGUUCAAGCCAUCAUCAUUUACAAUAAACACUUGGAGACGAUUCUCGUCUCUGUAGUCUGGUUCUUGUUUUGGAAAGUUUUAAACGGAGCAUCAUAUUUUAUGCCUAUUUUGACGAAGACCGUAAUUCUGUCAGCAGUGUUCUAUUUAAGCCUCCCGUAAUGUAACCUCUUAUACAUUUCCGUUUGUGCAUAAUAACAAUAAUCAUCCUCCUGUUGUAGUGAUCAUGUCUGUACAGGCCUGUGUGCCAAGUAGCCAACCACCAUUCAUCAUAGUCAACAUCAGCAAAACUGACUAGCACUGUGACAUUGCGGUUUUGUUUUGAUAAACUUUAUUUAAGCUC